AUACUUCUCUCACUUUCAAAGACAGCUGAAGGCAAGAGAGAAAGCGCAGGAGAGAGCGCCCUUUGGUGUCUCUGACUUUUAUGAACUUGGCUUGCUAGAAGGCUGAAAGAGACAAUGGCAGGAAUAAAAACCCAGCUCGUAUGCAUGCUACUCCUGGCUUUCAGCUCCUGGAGUCUGUGCUCAGAUUCAGAAGAGGAAAUGAAAGCAUUAGAAACAGAUUUAUUGACCAAUAUGCAUACAUCAAAGAUCAGUAAAGGAAGAGUUCCUUCUUGGAAAAUGUCCCUGCUAAAUGUCUGCAGUCUUGUAAAUAAUCUGAAUGGCCAAGCUGAGGAAACAGGAGAGGUUCCUGAAGAGGAGCUUGUUACAAGACGGAAAUUUCCUACGGCUUUAGAUGGCUUCAGCUUGGAAGCGAUGCUGACAAUAUACCAGCUCCAAAAAAUCUGUCACAGCAGGGCCUUUCAACACUGGGAGUUAAUUCAGGAAGAUAUUCUUGAUACUGGAAAUGACAAAAAUGAGAAAGAAGAAGUCAUAAAGAGAAAAAUUCCUUAUAUUCUGAAACGGCAACUGUAUGAGAAUAAACCCAGAAGACCUUACAUACUCAAAAGAGGUUCUUACUACUACUGAGAGGAUAAAAAAUUUGUUUUCAUGUGAUUGUGACUGAUCCUCCUUUAAUUGCAUAUCAAAUUACAUGUGUGUGAAAUGUGGCAGAAAACACUUAUUUUGUCUCUUCUACAACUGUAGUGUAUUUGAUGAGAUUUUUCUGCAUUGAUAUAUAACUGGACUAAAUGUUUUCAAAUAAAUCUAAAUCUUCAGCAUGA